AUGGGCGGCGGCCAAACCAACCCCAACCAGUCCCAGUCCCAGCCCCAACCACAGCCGGGCCAAGCAGGCCCGCCGCUGCUGGACCUGACCAUCGACAACAUCACGCCCAACACGGUGCGCAUCAACUCGCAGAGCACCGACGCCCGCCUGACCUACCUGAUGGCGCGGCUGGUCACCCACCUGCACGACUUUGCCCGCGAGACCCGCCUGAGCACCGCCGAGUGGACCGCCGCCAUCGAGUUCCUGAUCGCCUGCGGCAAGAUUUGUAGUGAUGUGCGCAAUGAAUUCAUCCUCCUCUCGGACGUGCUCGGCCUCUCACUCCUGGUUGACAACAUCAACCACCCGACGCCCCCGGGCGGGACGGAGGGGUCUGUGCUGGGGCCGUUCCACACCCACGACGCGCCGGUGCUGGCCAACGGCGCGAGCAUGACAUCGGACCCGGCGGGCGAGCCCAUGCUGGCCGUGUGCACGGUGAAAGACGUGCAUGGCCGGCCCGUCCCGGGGGUCACGGUCGACAUCUGGGAGACGGACAGCUCGGGCCACUACGACGUCCAGCACGCUGACCGCGACGCCCCCAGCGAGCGCUGCAUCAUGGUCACGGACGACCAGGGCCGUUUUUGGUUCCGCGGCCUCAAGCCCGUUAGCUACCCCAUCCCCCACGAUGGGCCCGUCGGCAAGCUGCUGCAGCUGCUGAAGCGCCACUGCUGGCGGCCAGCUCACGUGCAUUUCAUGUUUGGCAAGGACGGGUGGGAUCGCUUAGUCACGUCAGUCUAG